CUUUUGUUAUUAUUUUUUUUAUUAUUAGUUAUUAUUGAUCAUAAUCAAUAUGACUUUUCCUCUUCGACAUUCCUUGUCUCUAUUCAAUGUAACUAGACCCUCCAUUUAUCGCUUCUAUACAACUGAAUCUUCAGUUAAUCUAUUGGGUCGACUCAAAGAAGAUAGAAAAACAUAUAUGCGUUCCAAACAACAACCCGAUCUGAAUGUUGUCAAGGGCAUUCUUAGCGAUUAUACUUAUUACAUCAAAUCACCUAAUGCACCUACUGAUCAUAGUGAAGAUGCCAUGGUUUUGUCCGUAUUACAAAAAUCCAUAAAGAAACGUCAAGACUCUAUUGCUCAAUAUACUAGUGGAGGUAGACCCGAAUUAGCUGCUAAUGAAGAACAAGAAUUGAAGGUUCUUCAACGUUAUCUACCUGAACAAAUGUCUGCUGAAGUUAUUGAAGAAAAGGUACGUGCUCUUGUGGAACAACUUGGUGCCUCAUCAAUGAAGGAUAUGGGCAAAGUGAUGAAAGCUUGGACGGUGGAUCCUGCUACUGCUGACCGAAAAAUGGUUAGCGAUGCUGUCAAAAAGGUGUUAUCUUAGAUAUAAUUUUAUAUUAGAAUAGUUUUAGUCAUAUUUGUAUAGUUUGUUAGAAUGUAUAGAAACAUCAAUAAAGAAAGCGUGUGGGAUAAAAUAA